AUGCUGAUAGCUGAUGUUUCUGCCACAGUGGAAAAUUUGGCAAUCUUAGUUAACAAGAAGUCCAAUGAGUUGGCUAAGUUGCAGCAGGAGUAUCAAGAGAAGCUAGAAAUUCUUAAUAAGUACAUUGGAAAGAUUGAGGAUGCAGAGAAAUGUGAAGAUUCAACCAGACUGGAAGUUUCAAAGAAAGAUUCAAAUAGUUUAGAGAAUUCCCAGAUCUCCCAGUUGAAGAAACUGGAAUCGGAAAGUUUGCUUCAAGAUGAAUCCUUAGAGUCUCAAAAUUCCCAAAUUCUACAUCUAAUAUCAUCCCCAGUAUGCUGUCCAAAUUGUCUGGAAAAGUUCUAUGACUUGUCAAGCAAGAGUGAGUUUGUUCUAAUACCUAGGAAUAAGGUUCACUUGCUACAGAACCAGAAAGCGAAUCAUAUCAUCGAGAAUGUGCAACAAAGCAUUGGAGAUCUACAGAUUUCUGAACUACCCAAGAAGCUGCAUGGCAAGCUGAAGAAGACAUGCUCAUAUUGCAAGAAGCCGGGACAUUCCAGAGCCAGAUGCUUCACUCGCUUGAGCAGAGAUCCCAGUGAGCCAAAAUCUUUGGAAGAAGACUGA